AUGGGGCUGACGCAGUCGGCGAUCAGCCAUGCGCUCAAGCGCCUGCGCGAUGCGUUCGGCGACCCCCUCUUUCUGCGCCAGCCGCACGGCAUGGAGCCGACAUCGGUUGCCCUGGCGCUCGAACCGGUGGUGCGCGAGGCGGUGGAGACGCUGGACAAGGCGCUGAAGCCGCCCGCGCCGUUCGAACCGGCGCGCGCCGAAGCCAUUGUGCGUAUCGCCGCCAACGACAACGAGAUCAUGACCAUGCUGCCGCCGCUUCUGGCGCGGCUGAGCGACAAGGCUCCCGGCUUGCGGGUCGCCGUCCGCAGUCUCGAGCGCAAGGCGGCUCUGGCGGCGUUGGCGCAGGGCGAGAUCGAUCUUGCCGCCGGCUUCUUCUGGGACCUGCCGUCGGGUUUUGAAGCGAGGUCGCUCUAUGGUCAGGGCUAUCGUGUGGUUGCCCGGUCCGGACAUCCGCUUGUCGGACAGGCGCUCGACCUUGAGACUUAUUGCGCCUGCCGCCACCUGGUCGUCUCGCCGUCGGGCGAUCUGGAAGGCAUCGUCGACGAUGUGCUGGCCGGGCAGGGUCGGCGCCGCGAUGUCGCCGCUGCUGUGCCGCUCUUCAUGCCGGCGCUCGAGACGGCGGCGACCACCGAUCUGGUCGCCACGCUUCCCGAAAGGCUCGUCGGCAUCUACGCGCACCGCUUCGGGCUCAUCGUCCAUCGACCGCCAUUGUCGCUGCGCGAGAUCGUCAUCUCGGCGGUCAUUCACCGACGCAACGCGGCCAACCCGCUGCAUCGCUGGCUGGUUGGCGCGUUCCGCGAACUGUUCGGACCGAUCAUGACAAUUGCCUUCACGUUUCCGGGUCAGGGCUCACAGGCCGUCGGCAUGGGCAAGGACCUCGCCGAUGCGUUUGCAGAAGCGCGGGCCGUCUUCGAGGAGGUGGAUGCGGCGCUGGGCGAAAACCUUUCAAAGACGAUGUGGGAAGGGCCGGACGAUUCGCUCACCCUGACCGCCAACGCCCAGCCGGCCCUGAUGGCCGUCUCGAUGGCCGUUGUCCGCGUGCUGGAAGCCCAGGGCUACAAGGUCUGGGAAAAGGCCGCUUUCGUCGCCGGACACUCGUUGGGCGAAUACUCCGCCCACGCCGCCGCCGGCACCUUUACCAUCGCCGAUGCGGCGCGGCUGCUGCGGGUGCGCGGCAACGCCAUGCAGGCCGCCGUCCCGGCCGGCGAAGGAGCGAUGGCGGCGAUCAUCGGUCUCGAUGAUGCGGGCGUGCAGGCAGCCUGCGACGAGGCCGCAGCCCACGGGCCCUGCCAGAUCGCCAAUGACAAUGGCGGCGGGCAGAUCGUCAUUUCCGGCGGCAGGCAGGCGGUCGAGGCUGCUGCCGACAUCGCCAGGGCCAAUGGCGCAAAGCUCGCCAAGCUGCUCGCUGUCUCGGCGCCCUUUCAUUCAUCGCUGAUGGCGCCGGCCGCCGAUGCCAUGGCCGAAGCGCUCGCCAAUGUCCGCGUGUCCGAGCCGAUGGUGCCCGUCAUCGCCAAUGUGACGGUGGCGCCCGUGACCGGAGCCGACGCCAUCAUCGAAACGCUCGUCAAGCAGGUCACCGGGCAGGUGCGUUGGCGCGAAACCGUGCAAUGGCUGGCCGCACAGGGCGUCACAAAUCUGGUCGAGGCCGGAUCGGGCAAGGUGCUGACCGGGCUGGCGCGCCGCAUAGACCGCUCGGUCGAUGCCGUUGCCAUUUCGACGCCCGCCGAUAUAGAAGCGCUGGUGACCGGCGCGUCCGGGGGCAUUGGCGAGGCGAUCGCCCGCACGCUGCAUGCCCAGGGCGCGACCGUGGGCCUGCAUGGCACGCGCGAAGAAAGGCUCGAAGCGCUGGCCGGCGAGCUCGGCGGCCGGGUGCAAAUCUUUCCCGCCAACCUGUCCGAUCGUGCCGCAGUCGACGAUCUGGCCAGGAAGGCCGAGGCGGACCUGGAAGGCGUCGACAUCCUCGUCAACAAUGCCGGCAUCACCCGUGACGGGCUCUUCGUGCGCAUGUCCGACGACGACUGGGACACGGUCAUCGAGGUCAACCUGACGGCUGUGUUCCGGCUGACGCGGGCGCUGACCCACCCGAUGAUGCGCCGUCGCAACGGUCGCAUCGUCAACAUCUCCUCGGUUGUCGGCGUCACCGGCAAUGCCGGCCAGGCGAACUAUUGCGCCUCAAAGGCGGGACUGAUCGGCUUCACCAAGUCGCUGGCCCAGGAGAUUGCCUCGCGCAAUGUCACCGUCAAUGCCGUCGCGCCGGGCUUCAUCGAGAGCGCGAUGACCGAAAAACUCAAUGAAAAACAGACCGAUGCCAUUAUGGGCGCCAUCCCGAUGAAGCGCAUGGGCACGGGCGCUGAAGUGGCAAUGACAGUGGCGUUUCUCGCCUCCGACGAAGCGUCUUACAUCACCGGCCAGACGCUGCACGUCAAUGGCGGCAUGGCGAUGAUUUCCGACAUGAGUGAUGUUGCAGAGCGGGUCAAGAAGAUCGUCGUCGAGCACCUCGGUGUUGACGCAGACAAGGUGACCGAAGGCGCAAGCUUCAUCGACGAUCUGGGCGCCGACAGCCUCGAUACGGUCGAACUCGUGAUGGCGUUCGAGGAAGAGUUCGGCGUGGAAAUCCCCGAUGAUGCCGCCGAAACGAUCCUGACCGUGGGCGAUGCGGUCAAGUUCAUCGAAAAAGCCAACGCCUGA